GAUAUAUAAAACACGUGCUUGACAGGUUGACUUCCAUCUCUACAAAUCACCAUAAUCAAUCACCCCCACCCAAACCCCUCACUCAACAGUUUCCCCCCCAUACACAUCGAGAUCUAACUUAUUAUACUCGAGUACCUUCCCACCGUCAUAAACAAUAGCAGAUGUGCUCACAACCGGAAAAACACUUUCGCACCGGGCGACCGUACCGUAUCGUACCGUACACGGUUUAAGUUACAGGUGAGGGGGGGGGGUAAUUUAUGCAUCCUGGAAACCCAGUCCAGCAUGACAAAGCACAACCUUCCCCACGCCACGCCUGCCACUCCCACUACAGUACCAACAAUCCCAUCAAAUCCCUGGCCGAGCCAGCUCUCUUUUUCCUCCACCCUUUUCCCUUCCAUCCUUCCAUCCUUCCCUCCCUCCCUCCCUCCCUCCUUCCUUCCUUCCUCCCUCCGUCCAAGCGUCGCGCUAUCGCAAGUGUCAGAGAUCAUUCGAUAACACCGACCAAAAUCCGGUCCGUGCACCCCUCCCCUAUGCUAGAACUAAUGACGCCGCGACAGCAGCCAAUUUUUAGUCUACCGAUUAACAACCUGGCGAUUGGGUGAGGGACAAUCUAGGAAGAAGGAGAGGAAAGAAAGAAAAAACGGCCUUCUUCUCAACUUUUUUUUUUUUUUUUACGAGGGGUUUCGUCUCGAACUGGGUUGUUGUCUGAAUUAUCGCAAUUUUUCGGUCACAGCUCAAUUCACAUGCACCCCAAGAAUUUUCGUCCACAUCGGUAGGGUAGUUGCUGCUGCUGGUUCGAGCUAGAGAUUGAUUGGGUUCGUGAGGGAAACAACCGUCUUUUUUUUUUCUUUUUCUCUUUCCUUUCUUAGGAGGAGGAGGAGAAACAUAAAA